AUGACAAAAGGAGUCCAUAUUCCAAAGCUCUCGACUCGGGAAACACUUGCAGGACUCGCGCUCAAUUUGUCGCAUCGUUUUCGUGUGAAGGACAGCGACAACGUGGGUCUAAUUAGACUGGAGCGUGCCAAGGCACGUAAAGUCAAGAAAGCCACGGUGUUUCAAGUCGAUCCCGGUUCAAAAGUAGAGGCUGUGGAACUUCCAGAAAGUUAUCGCUGGGUAGUCGAGGUCUGCCUGAACAGGCUGAUGCAUCAUCACGCCCAGCUCUACCUUAAGGCACAGGAGGAGGACAUAGGGGAGAUGCUUUUGAUCGAAGUCAGACGCUGGCUAGGAUACCACAAUAGGCAAUCGACUGACUGGGAUGAAGCUUUUGUCUACAUUGACGAACCGCUAGACCUCUCCUGCUACGAAAAGCGGGGGUCGCAUGAGGUUGAAGAGGCACAAGCAAGCGAGGAUGAUUCUCCAGAGUCGAAAGAAAUGGACGACCGGAUGCGCGAAGGGCCCAUGAGCAGCUUAAGCGAUGCCACCCCGCAUCUCGCUCCAUCACCUCUGAUACUGCCCGUAUUGGAAACGGAAGAUCGUCAAGGCAGCGAAGACACAAGGCCCAUGAGUGUGGGCGGUUCCACCUCGCAUCCCGCUCCGUCGCCUCUGCUGCCCGUACGAACAUUGGAAGAUCGUGACACAGGACAUAUGAGCAUGAAUGGCUCAACCUCACCCCCCGAUCCACUACCUGUGCAUACUGAUGAUGCUGACGCUCGUUGGGCAGCUCACAUAAGAGAGAUAUGUCUGCGGCUCAAGAACAGUGGGUCCACUUCAUCCAGCUACGGUCUUGCCUAUCUUGCUAAUACCCUUGCAGAGGCUCAAGGGGGCCAAGCUCCUUCCCGCCGUCUCCGGGAGUGA